AGAAUUCGCGCCUGCGCGUAACCUUCCCGCGAGGCUGCUUGGCGAAGGACCCCGCCCCCUGAGCCCAAGUGGCACGUCGCUGGUUGCCACGGAGACUGCGCUGUUUACUUCCCUUUUCAAUAAGAGUCGGGAGCUCCAGUUGGGGUUAGGAGGCUCCCAUCCAGAACUGGUGUAGUAGUUCUUCGUGGCGCUGAGGAUUUUGGAAACUUCGAAUGGCCAAACUACUGCAAUCUCCGCCCAAGUUCCUGCCCUCAGAGUGGCACAUUGCUAACAAGAACCAGUACCACAGAGCGGAGGCCCAAAGGUCUCGGUCCGAACGCCUGGUGGCAGAAAGCCAGAGGCUUGUGGAUGAAAUUGAAAAGACUACAAGAAAAUCUCAAAGCGACGUAAACAAAAAACUAGAACAGAGACUUGAGGAAGUCAGGUUCUGGAAGAAGGAGUUAGAUGACAAACUUGAGCAGCUUGUGUAUGUGACUGAAGAUCUACUCACAUAUAAGACCAGAUUGGAGAAAGCCCUGGAGAGCUUGAAAGAGCCCUUGCACAUCACUCAGACGUGCCUGGAAUAUAGGGAGAAGCGAGUUGGCAUUGACCUGGUGCAUGAUGAAGUGGAGCAGGAACUGGUAAAGGAGGCUGAGAUCAUCCGGGGGGUGAUGGCCCUGCUGACCCGCACCCUGGAGGAGACGACUGAGCAGAUUAGGUAUUAUCUUGAAAAGGAUUUGAAGGACAAGUUUGUGGCCCUGACCAUUGACGAUAUCUGCUUCUCACUCAACAACAACUCACCAAACAUCAAAUAUUCCGAGAAUGUCGUGAGGGUUGAACCAAACUCCGUGAGUCUAGAAGACUGGUUGGACUUCUCCAACACCAAUGUGGAGAAGGCUGACAAGCAGAGAAACAACUCCCUGACACUGAAGGCCCUGGUGGACCGAAUCCUGUCCCAGACGGCCAAUGACCUGCGCAAGCAAUGUGACGUGGUGGACACAGCAUUUAAGAAUGGCUUGAAGGAGACCAAGGAUGCCAGGGACAAGCUGGCUGUUCAUCUGGCCAAGGUCAUGGAAGAGAUUGCUUCCCAAGAGAAAAAUGUUACAGUUCUUGAAAAAGCCAUCCUUGACCAAGAAGGGCCUGCCAAGGUGGCUCAUACACGCCUGGAGACCAGGACAUAUCGGCCUAACGUGGAACUGUGUCGUGACGUGGCACAGUAUAGGUUGAUCAAGGAGGUUCAUGAGAUCACCCAUAAUGUUGCAAGAUUAAAUGAAACAUUAGCCCAAGCUCAGGUGGAGCUGAAAGGGCUGAAUCGCAGACAGCUUGCCCUGCAGGAGGAGAUCCAGGUCAAGGAGAACACCAUCUACAUCGAUGAGGUCCUGUGUAUGCCCAUGAGGAAGUCCAUCCCACUGCGGGAUGGGGAUGACCACGGGGAAUGGGCUGGGGGCCUCCGCCCUGAUGCUGUCUGCUAAAAGUAGGACUAGUUCAGAUUCUCAUUAAACCGUGUCGUAAAACAGUA